AUGCCACUUUGUUGUGUAGAUGAGCGGAACGAAAACAACGGAGCGAAAUUACAGAACCACAGAAUGCGAACAACCGAAUGGAUUACUGUAUUUAUCUUAUUCAUCUGUGGUACUGGGCGUUGUCCUGGGCGACUGCGGCUGACCGCGAUGGUAAUCCGGCAAGUGGCAGUGCCGGUACCGGAGGUAGCGGUUCUGCUGGACGGUGGUGGUAACGGACGUCGUGGCGAUGGCGAUGAUGGUGGUCGUUGCGAGAGGGAAAUUGGCAGUGCUGAUGACUGCUGUUAA